AUGUCGUAUGUUACAAAAGAAACCGUCUGGCCCUCGGCCCUCGCGUUGGACGACAAGGUCAAGGCCCUCAUCACCCUCUUUUACGAAUUGGCCGACAACACGGGCCCUGAGGCCGGCCCACGCAUGGCCAACGAGGUGUUUACGUCGACGGGGAAAUUCGUGGCCAGCCACGCCGGGUUUAGUGGGAGAGAAGAAAUCACCCGCUGCAGAGACAACGCCUGGGGCGACAUCACGGCGCGCAACCACCGCAUCACCCACGUCUUCGUCAACGACAAGCAGGGCCGCGACCUGGUCCUGCUGGGCGUCGCCAAGAUGGACUUUGCGACCGGAAAGGUCGUCGAGACCGACUUCGGUGCCCAUGUCGUCCUGGAGGACGUGAAUGGGGAGCCGCGCGUGGCGCUGAUGCAGGUCUAUGCCAGCGUUGCGAGGACUUUGAAGUGA